CACUUCCGCGUGCAUGGCCCUGCUGGCUCGGACCCUGAGCACUAGUGUGGGGCCCGGCUGGCUGCGGGCGGCGCGCGCCUUCUGCUGCUUCGCACUGCCUCCGGCCCGGCCCGCCCGCGUCCUCUCCCGCGCCAUGGCGUGCAGGCAAGAGCCGCAGCCGCCGUGCCCGCCGCCCGCCGCCGGCGCCGCGGCCUGCUACGACUACCUGGUGAUCGGGGGCGGCUCUGGCGGGCUGGCCAGCGCGCGCCGGGCGGCCGAGCUGGGCGCCAGGGCCGCGGUGGUGGAGAGCCACAAGCUGGGAGGCACUUGCGUGAAUGUCGGAUGUGUACCUAAAAAGGUAAUGUGGAACACUGCUGUCCACUCUGAAUUCAUGCAUGACCAUGUUGAUUAUGGCUUUCAAAGUUGUGAGAGUAAAUUCGAUUGGCGAGUUAUAAAGGAAAAGCGGGAUGCCUACGUCAGCCGCCUGAACACCGUCUAUCAAAAUAAUCUAACCAAGUCCCAUAUAGAAAUCAUCCGUGGCCAUGCAGCAUUCACAUGCGAUCCCCAGCCCACAGUAGAGGUCAGUGGGAAAAAAUACACUGCUCCUCACAUCCUGAUCGCCACGGGCGGUGUGCCCUCACUUCCUCAGGAGAGCCAGAUCCCAGGUGCCAGCCUGGGAAUCACCAGUGAUGGGUUUUUUCAGCUGGAAGAAUUGCCUCGCCGCAGUGUCAUCGUUGGUGCAGGUUACAUUGCUGUGGAGAUAGCCGGGAUCCUUUCCGCCCUGGGUUCUAAGACAUCACUAAUGAUACGGCACAAUAAGGUGCUUAGAACUUUUGAUUCAAUCAUCAGCUCCAACUGUACAGAAGAGCUGGAGAAUGCUGGCAUAGAGGUCCUGAAGUACUCGCAGGUCAAGGAAGUUAAAAAAACUUCUUCAGGCCUGGAACUCUGCAUGGUUACUUCAGUUCCUGGUAGGGAACCCACUGUGACCACCAUUCCAGAUGUUGACUGCCUGCUCUGGGCCAUUGGGAGGGACCCAAACUCCAGGGGCCUAAAUUUGGACAACCUGGGGAUUCAGACUGAUGACAAAGGUCAUAUCAUAGUAGACGAAUUCCAGAAUACUAACGUAAAAGGCGUCUAUGCCGUUGGGGAUGUGUGUGGAAAAGCUCUUCUUACUCCAGUCGCGAUUGCUGCUGGCCGAAAACUUGCCCAUAGACUUUUUGAGUGCAAAGAAGAUUCCAAAUUAGACUAUGACAACAUCCCUACGGUGGUCUUCAGCCACCCCCCUAUUGGGACAGUGGGACUCACAGAAGAUGAGGCCAUUUAUAAAUACGGAAAAGAAAAUGUGAAGACUUAUUCCACCACCUUUACCCCAAUGUAUCAUGCGGUUACCAAAAGGAAAACAAAAUGUGUGAUGAAAAUGGUUUGUGCCAACAAAGAGGAAAAGGUGGUUGGUAUCCAUAUGCAAGGAAUUGGAUGUGAUGAAAUGCUGCAGGGUUUUGCAGUUGCAGUUAAAAUGGGAGCAACAAAAUCUGACUUUGAUAACACCGUGGCCAUUCACCCUACCUCUUCAGAAGAACUGGUCACCCUUCGUUGAGAACCCAGAGACCCACACGGCUGGCAGCUGGACCAGUAGACCUUCAGAAAGGAAUCAAAUAAUCAAGUUCACUUUCUGUUCCCAUUUGAUGUAUUUCUUUAUUUAAUCAACAUCUUCCAAUAGUAGAAAUUUUCGGUAAAUAUAUAGAACUUAUUUAUGUUUUUAGAAAUGUGUUUUGUUAUCCAUUACUGAUUUUCAUUUGAUCACAUCUCUCAAAAAUUUCUGGGUUUUUAAAUUAAUAGCUCCGUGAUAACUUUUUUUGUUUUUUGUUUUAGCUUCAUACCAAGUAUAAAACUAUAUGAAGUACACUUAAAUGAAUGCACUUGAAUGAAUAUUGCUUGCUAAUUUGUACAGAGGAAGGUGACAGCAGCUCUGACGUUUAAGUAAUGCAAGUGCACAGAGUCAUCCUAUCUUAUUUUUGAAGCCAGUACUAUGCUCUGUGUUUGCAAAGCUGCUUCAAGGAUGUGACCUUUCUCUAAAAAGCAUAUAACUUGAGAGGCCUGCCUCCUGUUUUGUAUUCUUUCUUCUGUUUUGAAUGAUUAAAAAUGAUUUGUGUUACUUUUAUGAGAUGAAGUACAUCAAAUUUGGGAGAGAUUUCAAGAGCCGGUUACAUAAGCGAGGGACAUUUUAGAAGUGAUUCCUGCUUUCAGAGGAGAGAGACUACUUGCAACAUCUCUUCCUUGGCUAAGAGUUCAUAUUUCAAUGAAUGAUUUCCAUUUUUGUACGUGUUGUCAUUUUGUUUUUUUUGGAAACUAUUUUGAAAAACCUGAAUAAAAUCACAGGCUUUACUUCUUAUAAAAUUUA